UGUAUCCCAAGCAAAACAGGAGGCCAGAAGUGGGAAUUUAGAAGAAUCUAUCCAAUUGUUCCAACAGGCUCUUGAAAUCCAUUUCAGUGAAAAGCUGACAGCGAAUAUUAAAAAGUUAGAGGAAGCCCUGGCUGCUCUGGCUGUGGACCAGAAUGACGAUAGCUUUGUGGAUGUGUGUCAGAGUGGACUGAUGCUGUAUGGAGAAAUGCACGACAAGCUUUUUCAUCAUCAGAGAGAAGGGGUUGCUUUCUUGUACAAGUUAUAUCAAGACAGAAGGAAGGGUGGCAUCUUGGCAGAUGACAUGGGACUUGGGAAGACUAUUCAGAUCAUUGCGUUCCUCUCAGGUAUGUUUGAUGCAGAACUCAUCCGUUCCGUGUUGCUCAUUGUCCCAACCAGCCUUCUGAAUAACUGGAUGAAAGAGUUUGCGAAGUGGACUCCAGGCCUGCGAGUGAAAGUCUUUCACGGGACCAGCAAAGCUGAACGUGAAAAACAUCUGGAGCAAAUCCAGAGGAGAAAGGGCACCUUGCUCACAACCUACAAGAUACUCCUCAACAGCUGGAAGCAGCUUUCUAGCUUUAGUGGGAAAGAGUUUGUUUGGGACUAUGUCAUUCUUGAUGAAGCGCAUAAAAUUAAAACCUCAUCUGCCAAAACGACAAAAUCUGUUUAUGCCAUUCCUUCCAGAAACCGCAUCCUUCUCACGGGGACGCCAGUCCAAAACAAUCUCAAGGAACUGUGGGCUCUCUUUGACUUUGCUUGUCAAGGUUCACUUUUAGGUACAGUCAAAACCUUCCAGAUGGAAUAUGAGAAUCCUAUCACAAAAGCUAGGGCGAAAGACGCCAGUCCUGGAGAGAAAGCUCUGGGACUUAAAAUCUCAGAAAACCUGAUGUCCAUUAUUAAGCCAUGUUUUCUGAGACGGACUAAAGAUGAGAUACAGAAGCAAAAUAAGUCUGAACUUCCAAGUCAUCUUCCUGGAGACCAAAGUAAAGAUGUUGCUCCUACUAUGCCUUCUCUUCCUCAAAAAAAGGACUUUAUUGUAUGGGUGUUCUUAGCACCUGUACAAGAGGAAAUAUAUAGGAAUUUUCUAACUUUGGAUCAUAUCAAGGAGUUGUUGAUAUCUAAAAGGUCCCCCCUGGCUGAACUGAAUAUCCUGAAGAAGCUCUGUGAUCACCCACGGCUCCUGUCACCUCGCGCAUGCGGUCACCUUGGGCUGGAAGCAUCCAGUUAUAGUGAAAAGGAAGUUGGUGAAAAUGAACCUAGUGAGCUUCCAGACAUGAAGAGAAACAUUGGGCAUAUUUCUGACGAGAGGCUGCUUCAGGAGUCUGGAAAGCUGGGUUUCCUUGUGGCGCUGCUGGAAAGACUGAGAGACGAGGGACAUAGAACCCUGGUGUUUUCCCAGUCACGAAAAAUGUUGGAUGUUAUAGAGCGCAUCUUAACUCACAGGCACUUUAAGCUUAUGCGCAUUGAUGGGACAGUGACCCAUUUGACAGAGCGAGAGAAGAGAAUUGGCGUGUUUCAGAAAGAUCGAGACUACUCUGUCUUUUUGCUUACUACUCAGGUUGGUGGGAUUGGUUUAACCUUGACAGCUGCUAGCCGAGUGGUGAUUUUUGAUCCUAGCUGGAAUCCAGCUACAGAUGCUCAAGCUGUGGACCGAGCUUACAGGAUCGGCCAAAAAGAGAAUGUCAUAAUCUACCGGUUGAUUACCUGUGGGACAGUGGAAGAGAAGAUCUAUAGAAGACAAGUCUUCAAAGAUUCCUUAAUACGUCAAAGCACAGGAGACAAGAAAAAUCCCUAUCGUUAUUUCACUAUGCAAGAGAUAAGAGAGUUGUUCAUCUUAGAAGACACACGAAGC